UGUUUUCUAGAUACAAAAGGAAACUGGUCUGUGGUAUGGACUGCAAGUAAAACUGAUAUAGAAAAUAGACAUGAUGCCUAUAUCAAGUACAACCACAUACCCGUCCUACAUCAAGUAAUUGAACAGCCAGAAUAUAUCUGUUACCUACAUACAGUCUAUAGUAAAGUUACAGAGAGUCAUAAUACAACAUGCUAUGACAAACUAUCAGCCUUAAUAGAAACCAAAAUGAAACUUCAGUCUAGUUAUUUAUUGUAUGAUGAACAGAAAGGAAUUCAGACCAAACAUGGAACAGAUUUAAGAGAUAUUAGAUACAAUGGUAGUCUAUGGCACAACAACAGCAGUUUUUUGAGAAAUAAUGGUUCUAUCAUCAAUAUGAAACUAAAUGUUUAUGUGGCAGCCAUGUUUCCUGUAAGACUAUACAUCUACUCUGGAAAAGAUCUGGAAAAAAUGAAGACAUACAUAUCAGAUAGUUUUGGUGAAACAUCAGAGGGCAUUUGGUGGAAAAAACUGAAGCAGUCUGUUGUUUUAAGUUUACUUACCUCAGAGAAUUUAGCAUUGAAACUGAAUCUACAAUACAAUAACAUAUACAACCAGUAUACACAGUUGUUACAGUACCAUGUGAUCUUCACAGCAAAUUUCCAUCCAAUCAUAUUAAAGGUGAAACUGUUGCCUCAAAGUGACAGUUUUGACAUAGUUAAAGAUACUAUUUCUCUAAUGAUCACCAAGGAAACAGUUUCAAUGGAUGUAGCUGUAGCACUUGGUGAAAGUAGCAGUGAUAUUAUUCUGGAUCGGAAGAAAUGCAGAAAUGGUUAUGGUGUGUGUUUACUGGAUUCUGAUCUGAUUUACCUCCUAAAUAAUGCACAAGAGAGUAAAUCAUUAGGACAUUUUAUAAAGCUGUAUCCUUCAUUGUCAGAUGAUUAUACAUCAGAUAUAACCAGACUUCAGAAGAUCUGGAUAAAUGAUAGAUCUCUACAGACACUUAAUCAACAGAUCAAGGAACAUCAUAUCCCAGAGUUCCAUUCUACCACUGACGUACAUUCUCUCCUUCAUCAAGUGGAGAGUCACUUAUCUGCAGAGGUGGAUUAUGUUGAGGAAGAUUUACUCAGAUCAAAUUUGGUUCCAAGCUCAAACUUCCGCAGACAUCUUAAAAGUAGUGAUCAGAAAGACUAUAUACUAUCUGAUGAGGAAGGUUCAACAUUACUAAGCCAUCUGGAGGUAUAUCCCACAAUUGACCUUCACCUUGACCCAUAUAAGACGAAUUAUAACAUUACAGUGAACUAUGACAUUAUAAUGUUACAUUUUGAUGUCAGAACUAAAGACAGUAAAACUGAAGCUAGAUUUGACAACAUAAGUGGUUUAGUCAGUAGGAGCAACUUCACAAUAGGACUUGGAGACAAUUUAAUAAAGAUACAUGUAGUGGAUAUUAGUAAAAGACAACCAGUUAUAGUAAAUAUCUACACAUUCAAUGUCUAUAGGAAAUAUGGAGGACAGACAGGCAUUUCUAGUACUGUACUGAAAACAUGUGUUCUUAAACAGGAUUGUACACUGAAGUUUCUACCUAAUCAGAACUGUGGAUUACAACCAUCAGCUCAGUAUACAACAUGGAACCAGUUUAUUUUAGAGUCAAACAAGAAACCAUACUGUUAUAAUUAUCAAGAUUCUUUAGAUGCUGAUUGGAAAGUUCCAUGUUAUUCAUGUUCAGAUAGAGAAAGUUGCUAUUGGCAACAAGCAAGAUGGCAGCCAUCAUCAUGUCAGCACAGGAGACAUAGCAUUACAGAAGUGAAGAAAUGUUUUGUUGGAAAGAAAGUUUUAUUUAUUGGAGAUUCUACAAAUCGUGGUAUCAUGCACUAUAUUUUAGAAAAGAUAAAUGGAACUUUGUACGACUGGGAUAAAACUCAUGAUUUGAAGUUUUAUACCAGUGUUAACAAUCAGCAGACGUUAAUGAGUUUUGCAUAUUACCCACAAUUCUGGUUGCCUAACAACCAUAGACCAGGAUUUGAUAAAGCUGUGUAUCAACUUAUUAAAUGGACAUCACCUUUAGAGAAUAACAGUAACACUGUAUUGGUGGUCGGAGGAGUUCAUUGGUUAGGCAAACAACACAUUAAUGUCAUAUGGAAGGCAUUGAAAAGGGAGGGAUUGACGGGAAUCAAAUUGAUUAUGAAAGGUCAUGGUGCAGGAUUUCAUCAGCAUGUAGAAGGUGUACAUUUUGCAUCACAAGACCAUCAAGAAAAGUUAGAGAUACAAGAAAGAGAAGUAGGCCGAUAUGCUUCUGACCAUGGAUUCCAUGUUAUACCUACAUUUAAUAUGACUAUGUCUAGAUAUAAAGAUUUCUUACAAGGAAAAUGUGCUUGUCAUUUUCAUAAGGUUACCAGGACAACUAAUAGACAAGGACUAAAGCAGUACCACAUUGAAGGUGACAUCAACGCUGCCUACUCAGAAUUAAUGAUAAAUGCAAUAUGUCAGCAUCAUCCUGGAUAAAAAGCACAGUUUCAGUUUAUCAGGAAAAAUAGCUUGAUCACAUGAUCUUAAGAGAACCAGCACUUAACAUGAAGGUGCACAGAAGUACCCAACUUCUUAGUCACAUGGUUCUAGUCAACGUUUUUUCAAAAGGAUGUCAGUGCAACAGUUCAUUGCAAAACUUGAAGUAAAGAAGAUCUUCAGUACAUUAUGAUUGAUGAGUGUACUUGUAACUGUAUAUUUGAUCUGCUUAAUAAAUGUUCCACUAAGCCAACAAAAUAAUAUAUUACAAAAUUUUCUCAAAAGAACUAAAAUUACAUGGUAUUUUAUUAAAAUACAUGAUUUUUUUUAUUCAUAGAAUAGAUUCCCUAACUUCAAGCCCUAUAUAUUUGUUUUGGAAAGAUUGGAAAUAAAACGAUAGAGGGAUUUUUAAAGGUCAAAAUAUAAGAUAAAAUCAAAAUAAUAUUAAUAAACAUACAUAUUCAUCAUGUGAUUGUUUACAUCUAAGUGCAUUUAAAAGUAUCUCAUGUAUUUGUACUUUUAUACAUGAAUGAUAUUUUUCAUAAAUGAAAGUUAGAAUCAUUUUUUCACUUAUUUAAACAUUUAUUGCUCAAAGUUUUUAAGUGUUAAAUGUUAAGCGUCUUUAAAAUUUAAAGGGAAAUACCUUGCCAAAUAAUUUUUAUUUGAAUAUGAGAUAUUCCUGGCAAUUGUGUUAUACAAUAAAUAUUCCAGAAACUUCUCUUAAUAAAUAUCAUUGUAAACUGUUACAUAUGUAAUCAUUAUUCAAGGUAAAUCUCUUAGAUGAAAUACAUUCCUGGAAUUAGAAUUACAUAAUUAUUAUUCCAGGAACUCCUCCUACAUAAAAAAAGUACAAAAUAUUUUUUUCAUAACUGUUUACUGUCUUUAAGUGCUUAAAGGGUAAAAGAAGUCUUAUCUGUAUGAUGAAUAUUAUAUGAUAUUUAUCUGUGGUAUUCUAGUCUACUAUCAUUUCAUAACAUAUAUAGGUGUUUGAUAAGAAAGGUAAUGUCAUCUAAAAAUAAACCUCUAUUUGGCACACCUACAAAACAGCUGGCUCCUAAACAAAAAAUAUAUACUAGUUCAGUGAAAGUGGAGGUCACACUUAACUCUGAAACAUAUAAAUGAACUGAAAUUUAAAAAACCCAUACAAGAACAACAAAGGCCAAACACUCUUGACUUGGGACAACUGCAUAAAUGUGACAGCGUAAUGUUUAUGGGAAAGGCAUAUAUGAGUGCUCUUUAGAUUAAAAGUUUGUCAUUUUACAAAUAACAAUUUGUUCUACAUUCUUCUUGUUUUAAAAAGUGCCUUGUCAUUCAUUUAUUAAGCACAAACUGUACUAUUCGAAAUGCAAAUUUAACUAUUUUGCAUUGUUUUUUAACAUCAAGAUUUUUAUAAUUUUAUGUAAAAGUUUUUUAGGUGUACAUUAUUUACCUAUGUAUGUUUAUUUCUAUUGGUGCUAAAAUCUAUUGUGCUAUUAAUUGUUAGUUGAUUACUUUAUUUAUCUAUUUGAUAAUUUGAAAUUUAUACCAAAUGCAACAUCAGAUAUCUUUUCAACAUCUUUAAUAUUGCGAACAUUUCAAAAAGAUUGGAUUCACAUAAAAUUAAACUCAUUUCACACAUUUUCAAUUUUGAAAGCACUAUUUGUAUGCAGUACCGGUAUUUCCUAAAAUUGUGAGGAUUAAAAUCAAUUAAUAAAUGCAUGCAAAAAUUUGUGAACUUACAAUAUUAACUACCUUGACUACUGCAAGUUGCACCUUCAAAUCAACUCACGACACCCUUAUUAAUGACAUGAACAUUUUGCAACCUCUGAAGGUGAAUUCCAAAGAAAACAUUUUAGUAAUUUUUUUCCCUGCAAAAGCUUUUUUUCAUGGCUAUGUUAUUUAACAUUUUGCAGUGAAGUUAUAAUUUCUUUUGAUGAACUGUGUAUAUAAGCAUUAAAAGGAAGUAUUAAAUGCAAAAAAGAAACACAGAUAAUGAUUAGACCAGUCAGCAUGGUCAGUGAAAACUUUGACCUACAUUAAUUUUUCUUUACUGGACAGAAUAUCUUUUAGCUUUCCAAAUAAUUGAUGUUUUAGGAGGAUUUUAAUAAAACCUGCUAAAAAAUGUCAAUAAAUUACAUUUUAUUAAGUUAAUGUACAUUCAUUGACUUUUGAGAAUAUUAUUAGUAAAUUGCAACAAAACAUACAUAGAAAAUGAAAAUUUGCAAAGAAAAUGUUUCAGCAAUUAAAAUGAAAAUGACUAUUUCUGUUAAUUAGUUUACAAUAUAAAUGACUUAUGUGUUUAUAUACAAUAUAAAAAUGUACAAAUAUUUGGUUCUUGUUGCCAUGUUCUACACCCAUUGUCUUUCAGAUAUAUAUUUUUAUCAAAUUAUGUAUCUAUGAAUUAUAUUUGCAAUAAAUCAUAUAUAUGUGAA